GAGAAAACAGCGAUUGUAACCCAAAUUACCGGGGAGUGUCCACAAUUAGUGGUGGGUGACAAUGUGAGAGAUCAAUGCAAUAGAGUGUUGUCACAAAAGUGAUGUCUCAUCUAUGACAAUGACAACAUGCUCGAGCAUCACAGAAGUGGAAAAGAGGAGGAGAUGGAUAUGAAAACUUAUUGAGACAAUCUUUUGUAGAUGGAUUUUGGAAACAUCAGAUUAGGUGGAAAUGUUCUGUUUCAGACUAGACUGUACCCACCCCGGAUGUGAGGGUGUGUGAGGAGGAGUAUAUAAGAGCAAGCUCACCAGCUCACUUCAUCAGUAUCGAGGAUAUCGGUCAUCAUCAUGUUUUCAUUUUCUGUGACAGUUCUGGUGCUCAUUCAAGUCAUUGCUACUUCUGGUGGUCAAAGUGUGUCGGAUGAGAGAAAUCAGCAGACGUGUGUGUCUGCUGGUGUUCCUGGAGUACCUGGAGUAAAUGGAUCACCCGGACGAGAUGGAAUGAAAGGAGAAACGGGGAAGAACGGAGAGAAAGGAUUAGUGGGAGAUGAUGGUGGACAAGGAAUAAAAGGAGAAAAAGGAAGGAAAGGAGAGAAAGGGAUAAAAGGGGAGAGAGGAUUGGUUGGAGAUGUCGGUGGUAAAGGUAAUGCUGGAAAGAUAGGCCCACAAGGCCCAGAAGGUCCACAAGGGAUAAAAGGAGAAACAGGAAGGAAAGGAGAGAAAGGAGAAGCUGUGACACUCAACUGGAAACAGUGUGUGUGGUAUAGAGAUGAUUCUAAGGACAGUGGUCUCAUUCAGGUUAUUCCAACUCAAUUUGUGAUUACAAUUAUCAACGUGUGA